GACCUCCUUUUCACCUAUAUAUAUACACUUGUAAAUUCCCAAAUGUUAUAAUCAAAUAAGCUCCAAUAUCUCUCUCUGUUGUUAUUAUGGAAUCUCAAACUGCAAUUGCUAAUCCAACUAUGAAAAAAAUUCUCAUCCUAGUAAAUUCUGUUAUUCUCUUCACCAGCACUUGUGCUGGCCCUUUAACUACUCGUCUUUAUUUCGUUCGUGGUGGCUCAAGAAUAUGGCUAUCAUGUACUUCGAUAACUGGUGGCUUCCCUUUAACAAUAUUCCUCCUCGUCAUAGCUUAUUUCCAUCGUAAAAAAUCCAAUGGAUUGGACAAUACUAAGAUUUUUCUCAUGACUCGUAAGUUGUUUAUAGCCAGCGUAAUUUCUGGCUUAGUCACAGGCAUGGUUAAUUAUUUCUACUCUUAUGGUUCAGCCAAAUUGCCCGUCUCCACGUCCUGUCUCCUCUCUUCAACUCAACUAGUUUUCACUGCGAUUUUCGCGUUCAUUAUUGUCAAGCAAAAAUUCACAUCGUAUUCGAUUAAUGCUGUGGUUUUAUUAACUAUUGGAGCUGGAAUUUUGGCUCUUGGAGCAAAUAGUGAUAGGCCAAGAGGGGAGUCAAGUAAGACAUAUAUUGCAGGGUUUAUUAUGAUACUUCUUGCCGCAUUAUUUUAUGGAUUUGUGCUUGCAUUCAAUGAAGUAAGUUUUAGGAAAACAAAAAAGGCUAUUGCCUUUACAUUGGUUUUGGAGUUUCAAAUGAUGAUGUGUUUCUUUGCUACUGCCUUUUGCGUUGUGGGGAUGCUUAUUAACAAGGAUUUUCAGGCAAUUCCAAGGGACGCAAAACAGUUUGAGCUAGGUGAAGACAAAUAUUACAUGGUUAUAGUGUUGAAUGCCCUUAUAUGGCAAGUUUACUUUGUGGGGGCCGUUGGAGUUACAUGUUAUUCUUCAGCAUUACUCUCUGGAAUUUUAAUUGCAGCUUCACUCUCUGUUACAGAAGUGAUUGCUGUUAUUUUCUUUCAUGAAAAAUUUGGAGGUGAAAAGGGAUUCUCACUUGCUCUCUCUCUCUGGGGAUUUGUUUCUUACUUUUAUGGUGCGACCAAACAAAACAAGAAGAGGAAGAAUAUAAAUACAGAAGUUGAGGUUACUCAAUCCCCUCCUAUAUAACAAAUAGGAAACUCUAACUCUUAUUCUUAUGUUGUAAUUUAUGUGAUGUUGUUUGACUUGACACAAAGUUUAAUAAAGAAUGACUGACUUUCGAAA